GGCUGGGGGCGGAGCCCUGAGGGGGCGGGCCCCCGGCGGCGCGGGGCGGGCGGCGCGGGUGUCCUGUCGCCGCCGCCGCGAGCGGGUGGGCUGACUGGCGGCGGGCUCGCAGUGGCGCGGAGUCCGGGCUGCGGGACGGACCGAGGGCCAUGGCCGCCUCUCCCGGACCCGCCGGCGUUGCCGGCGCCGGCGCCGUGUACGGCUCCGGCCCUUCGGGCUUCGCCCUGGACUCGGGACUGGAGAUCAAAACUCGCUCGGUGGAGCAGACGCUGCUCCCGCUGGUUUCUCAGAUCACCACACUUAUUAAUCAUAAAGAUAAAACCAAAAAGUCUGAUAAAACUCUGCAAGCAAUUCAGCGUGUAGGACAAGCUGUCAACUUGGCAGUUGGAAGAUUUGUUAAAGUAGGAGAAGCAAUAGCCAAUGAAAACUGGGAUUUGAAAGAAGAAAUAAAUAUUGCCUGCAUUGAAGCUAAACAAGCAGGAGAAACAAUUGCAGCACUUACAGACAUAACCAACUCGAACCAUGCGGAAUCUGAUGGCCAGAUCACCAUUUUUACAGACAAAACAGGAGUUAUAAAGGCUGCAAGAUUACUUCUUUCUUCAGUGACAAAGGUGUUGUUGUUGGCAGACCGAGUAGUAAUUAAACAGAUAAUAACAUCAAGAAAUAAGGUUCUUGCAACUAUGGAAAGACUGGAGAAAGUGACUAGCUUCCAAGAGUUUGUCCAAAUAUUCAGUCAAUUUGGAAAUGAAAUGGUGGAGUUUGCACAUCUGAGUGGAGAUAGACAAAAUGAUUUGAAAGAUGAAAAGAAAAAGGCAAAAAUGGCAGCAGCUAGAGCAGUUCUUGAAAAGUGUACGAUGAUGCUUCUCACAGCUUCAAAGACAUGUCUGAGGCAUCCCAACUGCGAAUCAGCCCAUAAAAACAAAGAAGGAGUAUUUGUCCGCAUGAAAGUGGCAUUGGAUAAGGUCAUUGAAAUUGUGACUGACUGUAAAUCAAAUGGAGAGACUGACAUUUCAUCUAUUAAUAUUUUUACUGGAAUUAAGGAAUUCAAGAUGAAUAUUGAAGCUCUUCGGGAGAAUCUUUAUUUUCAGUCCAAAGAGAACCUUUCUAUGACAUUGGAAGUCAUCUUGGAGCGUACAGAGGACUUUACUGAUUCUGCCUACACCAGCCAUGAGCACAGGGAACGCAUCUUGGAACUGUCAACUCAAGCGAGAAUGGAACUGCAGCAGUUAGUUUCUGUGUGGAUUCAAGCUCAAAGCAAGAAAACAAAAAGCAUUGCUGAAGAACUGGAACUCAGUAUACUGAAAAUCAGUUACAGUCUUAAUGAACUUAAGAAAGAGCUUCAUAGUACAGCGACACAGCUGGCAGCAGAUCUAUUAAAAUACCAUGCUGAUCAUGUGGUUCUAAAAACAUUAAAACUUACUGGAGUAGAAGGAAAUUUAGAAGCUUUGGCUGUAUAUGCCUGUAAACUCUCUGAACAGAAAGAGCAGCUUGUUGAGACCUGUCGAUUGUUACGACACGUAUCUGGGACAGAACCUCUGGAAAUAACCUGUAUACAUGCAGAGGAGACAUUUCAGGUGACUGGCCAACAGAUUAUUUCUGCUGCUGAAACAUUGACGUUGCAUCCAUCUAGUAAAAUUGCUAAAGAAAACCUAGAUGUGUUUUGUGAAGCUUGGGAAUCCCAAAUUAGUGACAUGUCAACACUGCUAAGAGAAAUCAAUGAUGUGUUUGAAGGAAGACGAGGAGAGAAGUAUGGCUACCUUUCACUUCCAAAGCCAAUGAAGAAUAAUGCAAACCUGAAAUCAUUAAAGCCAGACAAGCCUGACUCUGAGGAGCAAGCCAAGAUAGCAAAGCUUGGACUUAAGCUGGGUUUGCUCACCUCUGACGCUGACUGUGAAAUUGAGAAGUGGGAAGAUCAGGAGAAUGAGAUUGUUCAAUAUGGACGGAGCAUGUCCAGCAUGGCCUAUUGUCUGUAUUUAUUUACUAGAGGUGAGGGGCCACUGAAAACUUCCCAGGAUUUAAUUCAUCAACUAGAGGUUUUUGCUGCAGAGGGUUUAAAGCUUACCUCCAGUGUACAAGCUUUUUCAAAACAGCUGAAAGACGAUGACAAGCUUAUGCUUCUCCUGGAAAUAAACAAGCUAAUUCCUCUAUGCCACCAGCUCCAGACAAUAACUAAGUCUUCUUUGCAGAAUAAAGUAUUUCUAAAGGUUGACAAGUGUAUUACAAAGACAAGAUCCAUGAUGGCUCUCUUAGUUCAACUUCUUUCACUUUGUUAUAAACUGCUGAAGAAGAGUGAAACAAACUAAUUGUCUUAACUCUUUCCAGCUUCAGACGGAAAAUAACAGAUGGGUCUCAGUUACAAAUAAGGACACCAUGGAUGGUAAAACUUGAGAAGCUUUUAGGGUCAGAUCUCUGGAACAUCAUGUGGUGAAGCUGACAUUUUUAAAAAGCAAAUGAUCCUUUAUCUUUUCAGAAAUUCAUCAGUUUUAUAAAGAAAACAGUAAUGAAAUUUUGCUUUAUUUUCUGAUCAUGAAACUGAUUGUGAAGCUUUUUGACAACUAAUAAAUGCCAUGGUAAUUGCUAGAUUC